UGAUUGGAAUAUGUGGGAUGCAAAUAUUGUGCUUAGAUACUGUGAUGCAGAGAAAAGAUUACCCAAGAUUUCGGCCAAUCUGAGCAAGUGUAAACUACAGAGUUUGUCAUUGGUAAAGAAUAUGCUGAAGUCCAUGGACGACAACCUUAUGACGUCACUGAAACCAUCUUCACAAAAGGAACAACUUCUUCCAUCACUUUUAAUGGGAGCAGAGCACGCUACAGCCAAUGCAAUGCUUUUAUGCAUCAACAGUGACCCGGAUUUCCGAUUCGAAAAGUUUGAGCACAAAGAAAUAUCUUUAAGCAAUGAUAUUAUGUCAGCGGCGAUGUUGAUACAUAGGUAUUUAACAGAUGUGACCAAUAGCAUAGGAAAAUGACAUACAUGUUUAUUAGGAAACAUUGUACAAACUGAACAACACAAUAUUAAAAGCAAAAACAAGAAAAAAAAAGAAAAGAAACGACCUGACAAUUUAUUCUUGUGUGAGUUUUGGACUGUAUACAAUUCUAGGACAGGAAAAAAAGAACAUAUACAAAAGGAUUUUAUUAUUUUGCUUGUAUAUCAUUAUAUGCUGAAUUAAAACUUCCUGGACAUUUUAUCAUGCUAAAAUAGAUAAAUUACAAGCACUUUCAUUGGCCAGUUUUAAAGAUACUGAAAAAUGUAUAGAUAAAUGAGAAAUUUCAUUCAUUAAAACGUAGAUAACAAGUAGACAUAAAAUGAUUACAAAGGGAAACCGAAUCUGAUCCAUGAUAAAACUAAUUUAUGAUAAUGACACAUUUUGUGGUAAAUGUUAAUAUAUCAAUAGGAUAUUAACACACACGAGAUGUAAAAUUGUUUAGAUUUGAUUUAACCUCGGAUAUCUUAAUUUCGUGCUUUGAUAAAUGGAUUACUUUAAUUAUCCUUUCCACGAUAGUGUUCGUAUUAGAAUAAUAUUAUUUCAUUGCUCUUUGAAUACAAAUUAAGAACACUAUUUUCACAAAACAACAAUUUUAACAAAGGGCCAAAAGGUUGAACAACAAGUUCUAGCAGCGUGAGCAAUCACCUUCCCUUGAGCAUUAUAAGAUAUAGAAAAGAAAACAUUUUUAAACACUAAUAUGCGCAUGAACAAUAACAAAGACUAAGACUGAUACAAAUAUAAAGAAGCAAAAAAAAUGAUAUUAAUAUUUUUUUUUUCAAAAAUAAAAGAAAAAAAUUGAACGUUUGCUAUCAUUUUUGAAUGUUAAAAACAAUCAUUUUCCUGCACUUGCAGUAUUGUGAUGGUUUGUAAGGCUGUUCAGAAUUUGUCAUUUAUAAAAGGAAUUGAAAAGAAUUAAGAUUAGUGGUCAUGUCAUGGAUACGCAUAGAUCUGUCUGCAUCAUGCAAUCUCUAAUUCAUACAAUCAGAACAUAUUUACACUGUAAAUAAAUAUAUCAAAACAUAACCUAUUUUCAUAUAAUAUGAACAAAUAAUGCAGAAAAUAUAUUUAAAAUAUAUAUCCAGUUGUAUAAAAAUGAUAUAUUGUGUGAUGUGUAUGCGUCCGUACGUGUAUAUAUGUAUGUUUAUAUGUUUUAUUAAUUUAGUUUCAUUAUAAGCAAAUUAUGUCUCAGAAACAGA